CACCGCUGAGCCCGUCUAUUCACCUACCAUGGCCGGUGGCCUUUUCUCCAUUGAUCGUGAGUUCUUCGAACGUCUAGGCACCUAUGACUCUGGCUUCGAUAUUUGGGGUGGAGAGAAUUUGGAAUUGUCAUUCAAGAGCUGGAUGUGCGGUGGUAGAUUGGAGAUUAUACCCUGUUCACAUGUUGGCCAUAUAUUCCGCAAACGUUCACCGUAUAAGUGGCGUUCCGGUGUUAAUGUGCUGAGGAAGAAUUCCGUUCGCUUGGCUGAAGUUUGGUUGGAUGACUAUUCGAAAUAUUAUUAUCAACGCAUCGGACAUAACAAGGGUGAUUACGGAGAUGUUAGCUCACGCAAAGCGCUCAGAGAGCGACUGGGUUGCAAGAGCUUCCAAUGGUAUCUGGACAAUGUCUAUCCCGAACUAUUCAUACCCGGCGAUUCAGUGGCGCAUGGCGAGAUAAGAAAUCUAGGCGUUGGCGGUCGCACAUGUUUGGAUUCUGCAGCGGACAAAAAGAGUUUGAAGAAGGCAGUUGGGCUGUAUCCCUGCCACAGGCAAGGCGGCAAUCAGUACUGGAUGCUCAGCAAAGCGGGUGAAAUACGACGCGAUGAGGCCUGUCUUGAUUAUGCUGGCCACGAUGUGGUACUGUAUCCAUGUCACGGUUCCAAAGGAAAUCAGUUCUGGAAAUACAACCAGCAGAAGCGGCAAAUUCGACACGGUCCGUCAGAUAAGUGUCUGGCCAUUUCGGAGAAGAAAGACAAAGUGCUCAUGGAAGAGUGUGAUUCGAAUCAACUGCGCCAACAAUGGAAGCUCGAGAAUUACGAUGCGUCGAAAUUGUGA